AUGACAUCUUCUUCAGUAAGCCCGGCUCCGCCGCCAGUAGUGCGGACUUCCAUUCCGUAUGACCCCACGUUCCGGUGGAUGACACCUGUGCUUCUGAAAGCCCGCAGGGACCAGGUGAACAUUGCAGACUUGCCACCUCUGGUCACCGAUGAUGUGCUGGACCCGGACCCCGAGCCUCUCCACACGUCCCUCCUCACCCGGAUCUGGAAGGAGGAAAAACCGCGCAUGCUGAAAGCGCUCGCAAUCCAGAUGACGCAGGUCGCGUCGCAGUUGUGCGUGCCGCUGAUUACCCAUUCGUUCAUUCUGUCCUUCGAGUGCGACAACUCGGACGCGGCGAACGAGGUGCUGGUGGUCCCCAUGCUGGACCACGCAACGACCGAGUACAACUCGGUGACCGGGCAGCACUACUCCGUCCCGAGCAAAACAUGCGACGGGGAUUCCACCACGAUCGACUGGCGAUUGGCUUAUUACGGCGUGGGGUUGUUUUUCUGCGCGUUGAGCAAUUUGGUGUGCGGAAACUUGUCCUUGCACCUCAUGAUGAACAUCGGGCAGCGGCUGCGUGCGCUGUCGAUCCAAUUGGUUUGGAAACGAAUUUUGGAAACCAAUUCCGCGGACCUGGACCAGGGCCUGGCUCUCAAUUUGAUCGCGAGCGAUAGCCAGCGGUGGGUCGAGGUCGCGCCGCUGUUUCAGCAGAUGUACCAAGCACCGAUUCUGAUCGCGGUGUGCUCCGUCUUCCUCGUGAUUCUGAUGGGCCCGUCGGCGGCGAUCGUGAUCACGGGCUUGAGUCUGAUGAUCACGUUUAAUGUUCUAGUCGGCGGGCUACUCUAUAAAGCGCGGGCGAGAAGGCAAGUUUUUCUCGACGAGCGGAUGCGGCUGUGCAACGAGUUGUUGCUGGGCAUUCGUGUCGUCAAGUAUUUCGCGUGGGAAAAGCCCUACAUCGACAAGAUCGAGGCCGUCCGCAAGUUGGAACUGUUCUACGCGCGUCGCGAGUUGUUGCUGAAUUCCGCAAACAUGAUUCUGUACACGUUUUGGCCGCAGUUCACCAUCGCGAUGGCCCUGAUCCACUACUCCAUUCACGGCGGACUACUGACCCCGGGCAGGGCCUUCGGGAUUUUAUCCUUCAUUGGGGUUCUGCGCUUCCCGCUGAUCCAGCUCGGACACACGCUGUCUGGCGUCGCACAGAUUGUGGUCGUCAUCCGAAGGACGCAGCAAUUUUUGAGGAAACGAGACUCGACGGAAGAGGCGAUUUUUGAUGAUAGUACCGCAGGUCGAGCAGGAGGUGACCACCUACCGCUACUUCGCACGGAAGGAGAUACAAUGAUGUUGGAGGACAUUCAAGUGCUACAACCGGAGGAGCAGGUCGCUAAAACAAGAAGUGCUGACAUCGAUCUAGAGACCGGCGCGCUGCCUGCAAAUACGCCUGCGCGUCUGGCCGAUAAAACGACUUCCCCCGUAGCUGCACAAGAACACACGACCCUGAUUGCGCGCCUCGCCCACGCGGACAUUCGGUGGUCUGCGGCAGCGCAGGCCUUGCAGGCAAAGAAGGCGAAAGAACUGGAGGAGCAGAGGAAAAAGAAAGAACAGCAGAGCUCUUUUGCCGCGACGUUGCAGGCACGCGCAACCGUGAUGGCGGGACGCGCGAAAUCUCGAACCUCAGCGAUUGUGAUGGGCAGUGUUCUCGGAAUGUCCAGUCCCAAGGCAGAGGAGGCGGGAGAUCAUGUCAACAGGGGGAGCUUGAUGAAGGAAGAGGUGCUGGAAAAACGAGAAACGGAAGAAAUAAAUCGCGAUAGUAGAAGCAGCUCUAAGCAAGCGCAAGCGGAAGGUGAGUCGGCCCCUAUUUCCGGGGAACUUCUCCCGAUCCGCGGGAGUGACGCAAACAAAACUGAACUAGCUCUCGAAAGAACAUCAAAGUCUGACCUUGCCCUUCUCCGAAACGUCACACUCGAUUUCCAUCGUGGGGAAAUUGUCGUCCUGUUUGGCCGCGUAGGAGCGGGAAAAACCACCCUGCUGCACACUUUUCUGCGCGAGACCCAGGUUGAGCGAGCAAAUCAUGGUCCGACUUUACCAGCUACAAGCGCAUCAAAAAAUGCCGCAAGUAACCAAACCGCGGCGCCCUUCGUUUUCCCGGCGCUGGAUUACCGCAUGGCUUAUGUUGCGCAAACCGCCUGGAUCCGGAACUGUUCUAUCCGCGAAAACAUUCUUUUUUUCCGCAAGUACGACAAAUUGAAGUACCACCGCGCCAUGCGAAUCGCUCAGUUGCGCGACGACGUGGCUCAGUUUCCGCACAAAGACCGCACCCAGAUCGGGGAGCGGGGCGUCACCUUGAGUGGCGGGCAGAAGAUGCGCGUGGCGCUUGCACGUGCGAUCUACGACCUUGACGAGCUGGACGUGUUGUUACUGGACGAUCCCUUCGCCGCGCUCGACGUGCACACGAGUCGCGCUGUCCAAAAGAGGUUGCUGCAGAGUCUGGAUCCGCAGAAGCAACUGACAGUGCUGGCGACCAGCCAGCACCCCCGCAGCUGGGAGGGGCAGGGGGACUGCGUGAAGCGCAUCGCGAUCAGCCGACGGAACGGGAAAGUGAGUGCGCUGGAACUGGCGGGGGAGAUGAUACUACCUGCGGGAAAAAACAGUCCGAAAAAUGGAUCUGCAUCGCCAGUAGCGGUGGACACCGAUGCCAUCAGUGUCAGCUCCAUAGAAGACGAAGAAGGUGCUGCAGGAGAUGUUGAUGCUGAUGACGGCGCCGACAGUCCUGAUCUUAUCCAGGAAGAUGAUCUGGACGACGAAGUGCUCUUCAUCGGCGAUCAGACACGAGAACUACAUGCAGAACAGCAGCACCAGCAGCAGGCAACUCCAGCAGAAAUCGCCUCAGCGGUGACUUCGAGCACCAGCGCUGGCGACUUGAAGCAGCUCAUUGUCGAGAACAGGAACGAGACCGCGACGGAUUCCACCUCAGGUAACAAGAAUGAUCCCAGAGCAUCAGAAGCGAACUUCAAGCCAGUUCCUCCUCCAUUCUCGAGCAAAGUGCUCCGUCAGCGAACGACAACUCGGGACUCCGGGGACUCGAAGGACAUGGCGGUUUUUUUGGACCAGGUGGAGAUCAUGUCCGAUCACAGCGACAGCAGCAAAAACAACAAGGACGGCCACAUCAUGCAGGUCGAGGAGCGGGCGACGGGGUCCGGGUUGAAACCGGAGUCGAUUGCCACCUACAUCGGCGCCAUGGGCUGGAUGGCGCCGCUCUGCGGGGUGUGGUUCCUCUGCGUGAACCUGGAGCGGGUCAGCGUCGUGGGCAGCGACGCCUGGGUCGCGACCUGGUCCCGGUGCAAUGUCGAGCUCGCGGAACGCCCGGCCACGACCAAUUGCGAGCCGGAUGAGGACGGCUACUACCUGCACCGGUAUUUGCUGUUGCUGGGUUGCGUGUGGUUUUUCAUCUCCGGGACGCGAAUCCUGUUCCCGAUUCUCUGCGUUCGUGCGGCCGGCACGCUGUUCAGCCGCAUGCUGAUUUCGGUCUGCCGCGCGCCCAUGCACUGGUACGACACCACACCGAUGGGCCGAAUCUUGAACCGCUUUUCCUUCGAUACGGAGAACCUCGACGCGAUUUUGGUGUUGAAAAUGUUUCCGGCGCUGGUUUCGCUCUCCUGGUCCUCCGGCGCGCUGGGAUUACUGACCGUGGUGUACUUUCCCUACUUCUUCGCGGUGCUUCCCUUCUUCCUCUUCAUCUACGGCACGCUGCUUAACAUUUGUCGCAACUCGAUCCGAGAUCUCCAGCGGCUGGACGCGUUGACGCGGUCCCCCGUGGUUUCCCUGGUCAGCGAGGUCAUUGGCGGCUUGAGCACCGUGCGAUGCUUUCAGGCAGAAACUGUGUACCGCGACGAGAUGGCGCGGCUGGUGAACUUGAACUCCCGGGCAAUUUACGCGUUCAACUCCGCUAGUCGCUGGCUCGGCGUCCGCGCGGAAUUACUUUCCUCCCACAUCAUUCUGCUGACCUGUCUCGGCGCAAUCGGCUUCGACGUCGGGGCCGGGGAGCUGGGAGUUUCCCUGUUGUGGUGCAUGAAUUUGACGAUGUCCAUGAACUACACGUGCCAGUUCUUCGCCAUCUUUGAAGCGGCUUUCACCUCAGUCGAGCGGGUUUCGGAACUGUGCAAUUUGGAAAAGGACGGCGAAUACCACAAGGGAAUCGACGACGGAGUCAAUGCAAGAAAACGAGGAAGAAGCAAGAAACAGCAAGAGCAGGUGGCGCAAGUAGCAAAGUCCGGCGCGGCGACAACUACUGGAGAAGUUGAAUUGCUAGACAUGAAAGUCAACGCCAACAAGCAGGCAGCUUUUAGUACAACUAGCGAAAGUGUCCUCAUCUGCGAACAACAAGCUGACACUACUACUGUCGUCUCAACCGGCUUACGCCUCGACCACGUAACAGUCCACUACCGAAAGAACCUCCCUUAUGGAAGCGUCAGGAUUGAAAUCGUCAAAGUUGAAAUAGUUUGUAAUGCAUAAUAAAAUGCUAAUGCAUGACGCGAGGCACGUGUGUUGCAGAGGAGGCAAGUGAGGCCGAUUGCAAGCCUGUUCGGGGUUAGAGCUCGAGCUGCUAAAGUAGCAUGAGAAAAUCAGUUUUCUUUGCCUAAACAGCAUGACAAACUGGAUUUAGGGACCGCCAAAAUUUGUCAUGCGCCGCUCAGAAAUUGGGCUUCCAACUGCCAUCCAUUUUAUGCAUCACAAACUAUUUCAACUUUGACGAUUUCAAUCCUGACAGUUCCAUAUCCCUCCAGCGCUGAAAAACCUAGCUUUCUCCGUCUUACCGGGCGAGCGGUGCGCCGUGGUCGGCCGGACCGGUGCGGGGAAGAGUUCGUUGGCGGUGGCGAUUUUUCAGCUCGCGGAGGUUGUCGACGGUCAAAUCUUGCUGAACGGGACAAACCUGAAAACCCUGCCGAUCGACGAAGCGCGAAAAAAGUGCGGAAUUAUCACACAAGAUCCCGUCGUCUUUGGGGGUUCAGACCUCACCAUCCGGUACAACCUCGAUCCCUUUGGCGAAUACAGCGAUGAGCAGUGCCAAGCGGUCCUCCGCGCGUCGCAGCUCGCGGAUCGGUUUCAGCUGACGGACAAAAUCGAGGAAAGCGCGACCAAUCUUUCCGUCGGGGAGCGGCAGCUGCUGUGCCUGGCUCGGGUGUUGCUGCGCAAGCCCGAGCUUCUGAUUUGCGACGAAGCCACGGCCAGCUGCGACGCGGCGACCGACAAGCAGGUGCAGAAAGCGAUCACGGAUUGGCUGCGGUUGGAAAACCAGGGCUGCUGCGUUUUGUCGGUAGCGCACAGACUGGAUACCAUUGUGGACUACGACAAAGCGGUGGUGCUGGACAAGGGAGAAGUUGCGGAAAUCGGUUCAAUUCCAGAAUUACUGGCGAAUAGCAGCGGGUACUUCUACCGCCUCGUUUCGCACGCGGAUGACGAAACGCGAACACUCUUCGCGGCGCGCGGGUACCAGGAGGUGGAUGAGGAGGUCACCAGGGGAGAUUAG